AUCAAUGGCAGCAUCAUCUGCCUCGCUGGGAGCUGCACCUGGGUUCGAAUUUUCAAUGAGGAAUAUAGAACCCAUGUUGCUCAGGCAUCUUCCGCCAAUGGCCACUACCACCACCGCACCUCACUGUCUCUACCAACUCGGGGGCACCGCCGCCGCUGAGUCAACUCGCAUGCAAACCGCCAUCUUUUGCAAGAAAAAAUCCAGUAAGACGGCAUUCGAGGAGACAAAGCAGGGCUUCGUGGACUACGACCGCGGCCAGCACGACGUCUCCGACAGGCUCUCCGGCCUCCGGAAGGGAAUUUCCCUUACCUCAUUAGAGUAUUAUUCUUUUCUCGCUUCAUUGAAUCGUUUCCAAUUUUGCCGUGCUUAA